CCAAAGUGCUUUGGGUACUUCGGAGAUAAAGAUUGGAUUUUUAGAUCAGAGGGUUUAUGUAAAAUGAAAUACUCAAAAGUAUUCUCAUGAAUCAAUUUCAAUCAAUCACACAGAAAUAUUUGAAAUUUAGUACUAAUGAAUAGAGAGUAUGGGUUGAGCAGUUUGGUGAUUUUCUUCUGAUGGAUGAAACUAGAGGCAAAUAUUGGAUUUUUAUGAGGAGGUUGGAAAACUUGGGUCUCCUCCACGGAAUGUGAAAGGAAGGAAUAUAUUUCCUUAUUGAAAUCGGAAGAAGGGGUAAUCAAUUUCCCUUAUAAAUACUUCCUGAUUUGUUCUCUACUUUUGCUUUAAUUCAAUCAAAGAGUUAGGUUCCUCAGGUCUAUUCUUCUUCAGCUCAAUCUAAUCAGAUUCCAUGGCAAAAUCAGAGUUAUCAAAUCAGACAAGUCAACGAAAGCUCCCACCAUCACCAAGAGUAGCACCUUGGCUUGUUUUCCCACAUGGAAAACUCCGUAAGUUUCGAACUUUCUACAAUAUUUCUGAAAAUCCCUUGAACAAAUCUUACAAGAAAUUGAUACCAGAACUGAGUGGAAAAAGAAUCUGGCAAAAAAAUUGUCAUCAAGGAUGGUUAAUCGCUUUCUGUUGUGAUGAUGAAGACCCAAAAUUUAACUUUGGAGAAUUUUUUCUAUGGAAUCCUGCUUCACUAGAAACCGUACAAUUACCCAGUGUACCAGAUCUAUUUGAUGGUUGUUCUAUCAGAGACUGUGUUUUGUCUUCACCUCCUAAGCUCAGCAGUAGUAGUUUUAGUAGGGAUGAUGAUAAUGUUGAUUAUGAUUCAAUGGUUUAUAUUCUUUAUCAUUGCGGUGGAAUGCGUUACAUUCUAAUAUAUUGUCACCCUGGUGAAAGAGAAUGGAAAAAACAUGAGUUUGUUGAUGUCGGCGACCAUCUUCAAUCGAUGCUUUAUCAUAAGGGUAAGUUAUUUCUAAUGUGUUUAAAUUAUGCUUACAUCGAGAUAGCAAUACAACAUGGUUCUGCCGAAACUCUCAGUGUAAGUCAUGUUAAUAACAUCACUUACAACAGUUCCCAUCUUCAAGUGGUAGGUGGAGAUUUACCAUGUCGGUGUCAUAUGUAUUAUGUAGAUUCUUUUGAUCAAGUUUUUCACAUUCGUAGACUUUGCUUUCCCAGAGGUAUUUACGAAAACUGUAUAACCAACAUAGACGUGUGGAAAAUGGAUUUCGAUUCAAUGACUUGGGAGCAAGUGGAAAGCAUGGAUGACUAUGUCUUCUUUUUGAGUGAUAAUACACAACUGUCUUGCUUGGCCUCAGACUUGGGUUUAUCAAAGGGUUAUGUGUAUUAUACACAGGACGAAGAAAUGAGCAUGUACAAAUAUGACUUGGAAGAUGAAAGUAUUUUACUUUCUUUACCAUGUCCCAAUCUACCAGCACCAUGGUAUAUGCCCGAAUGGUUGAUGAUUUCUGCAACUCCAAGGUUCGGUGAGAGUACAAGAACAACAGACCAUGUGUCAGAAAAGAAUGGAUGCAUACAUAAAGUUAUCGCGGCAAUGGAAAACCAAACAGUCGAUAAAGAAGAUGAUAAAGAUGAUGUUAAGGAAGCAGGACCAUGGAUGAUGCUUAAGGAUGAUCAUAUGGUAUGGUUGAUAUCAAAUUAUCUGCAUACAUUGGAUUACAUACAUUUACGUGGAGUCAGUAAAAAAUAUCAUACGAUGCUAGAUUUGAGAAGAUCCUCAUCUACCAUGACAGUGCAGACCAUAGAUUUAUCCCCAUGGCUGGUUUUUCCUAAACAUCGAGCCGUCUUCGAUUUCAUAAAUCCAAUGCAUAAUAAUGAAAACUACCUCAUGAACAUCCCUGAAUUGCUGAAAGGUUCUAGAAUUCGGUUCUCAAAAGGUGGAUGGUUGCUCCUGUCAAAAGGCAAAACUCUGUUCUUCUACAAUCCCUUCACGAGAUCAACUGUCAAACUUCCGGUGUUGCCAGAUUUGUGCCCUCAGUAUGCUUUCACAGGUAUCUCAUUCUCAUCCUUGCCGACUACUUCGGACUGCGUAGUCUUUGCCAUUAAUAAAAGCUCUCGUGAUGCGGUUGAAAUAUCUUUUAUCAAACGGGGAGAUGAAUUUUGGACCCGGGAUGUCUAUAGUAAUGUUUAUUUACCUCCCAGAAGGAAAAAUGUGGAUUUUGAGCUAAACUUUAACAAUCCAGUUUUCCACCGUGGAGCUUUCUAUUGCUUAGACCUUAAUGGAACCUUGGGGGUAUUCAAUUUAGAGCAUGACAUUAGUUGGGAAAUUCUAGCCAUGAUAAACCCACCAAAUUGUGAUUUCAUCUACAAGAGUUUCUUGGUGGAGUGUGACGGAAAGCUCGUGUCUGUGUUAUUAGGCCAUUUAGGAAAAUGGGUUCGCAUUUUUAGGUUGAACGACGUUGAAAUGGUCUGGGUUGAAGUCAAACAUUUGGGUCGGCAUAUGUUGUGUAUUAGCAAUACAUCUUGCACCUCAGCAAUGGCUCCCACUGGUCGAAUGGAGAACAAGAUCUUUUUCCCGAGGUUGCAUAAUGAUGAAAUUGUGUAUUAUUCUCUUGAUACGGGUAUGUAUCACUCUUUAGGGAGUAAACAUUGUGCUAAAGAUUACCGUGAUUCUAAGGAGAACUUGAACUGCAGCUGGAUUGAACCUAAUUGGUCAGAGACUCCAGAUAGAUAUCUUAACUGGCUUAAAAUCUAGAUACAUUAUUGCCUAUCAGAAAACAUCUAUUGGCCUCCUGUUGUAACAGUAGUGUUCUUUAUUUAUAUGUAUCAUGUGUUCCGAGUAUUUUUCCCCUUGUAACAGUCGUCAUUUUAUUUUUUUCAUCUAAA